UAUUAAUUUCCACGAAUGAAAAAGCUCGGCGAAGUCAUGACCUGCCCAUUUCCACGACUCACCGAUGAAUUUGGGGGGAUUCUUUCUCUACCAGAACAUGUUUUUCGAAACCUUUAUUACUUCAUUCGUUCCCAGAAAAGAUACUGUUGCGUUUUACCGCGCGACAAAAAGUGCGUUUUCAUUUGACGAGAUUCAAUUUCUGCUGCACACUGUUUACAAUAACUUCAGCAGCAAAUCAAUAGUCCUGUCUGAUUCGUGAAGCGUCACACCGAAGUAGCACGAGUCGUCCAAAUAGCGUAGCACAUCGAUAAGGUACACCACACCAUAAUGGGCAGUAGCUACAAAGAAGCAUUCAUCCCUCUUCCCACCGAAGAUCACUCCCAGGCUCCAAACUACAGGCCUGACGACCCUGGAUCUCACCGAACUUUCUCCUCGGGUCUAUCGAUAGAUAGUGGUGCCGUUAGCGAUGUAGGCUUUCUAAACCACACAGACCAGCACAUUCUAUUUCUGGGUAUUUGCUGUGAUCACCGUAAGGCCGUCAUCGCGGUGAACGCGAUCACCAUUGGAAUGCAGAUUGUAGGGAUGAUUGUCUUGGCUGUCGUAGCCUCCUACGUCACCAAGAACCUCGAUGAUAUCGAGGCAGACAUCAACGACGACAGCACACGCAAGGGACUCGACGAAUUUGCCAAGGGGGGUGGCAUCGAGGCCACGGAAACUGCAAUCGAUGCCUAUGCCACGGUUUCGAUUGGACUCCACGCAUGCGGGAUUUACGGGGCCCUCACGUUCAAACAAUGGGGUAUCAUCACGGCCGGCUGCGCAUACGCUUUUAGCCUGUUCAUGGGCGUAUUGUCUUUCGAUAUCGGGAACAUUCUCAUAAGUGGUUUAUUUUUGUAUCCGCAUUACUUCAUGCUAAAGCUAAUGAAGGAGGGCGUCAUGAGCGACUACAAUUACCAUAAGAUUGCGAGUUGUUGCGGUGAUAGGCAAAUGUAAUUUGUAAUACAAGAAGAAAAAAUAUGCAACAUAUUA